AUGUCAACCACAUCACUUCCUCAUCAAAGGUCAUCAUCCAAUUCGAGCGAUUUGUUACCUUUACCCCGAGACCUCGAUGAAGAUUCCUUUUCCAGAGACCUCAUUCACCAAUUUGACAAGAAGCGGUCUCGGCUGCGAUUAGAAAUGGUUGAGCUCGAGAAUAGCCACGAUGCUCCUUCUCUUCAUUCUUCUGCAACUCCACCCACCAUGCUCACAGUCUCUCCUUCCCCACCAACACCAACACCAGCACCAGCACCGCCACCGUCCACCACUAGCACUUCGCCUGACCCAACAAACCGUCGUCGGUCUGCAGGAGAUCUCCUCCGUAGAUCGUCUGCUUAUUUUAAAUCCAAGCUAGACGCGUUCAAGGUGUCCCGAUCGCACGACAAUCUUAGAGAUGUUCACUCGAUUCAUGAUCCCACCCCUUCAAAAACUCUCGGAAUAAGGCACUUGAAAAAAAAGCCUACUCGCCAAGACUUAUUUUCAUUAUCAUCAACGUCUUUACCUCCACCUGCCAAAAUUGCUAUCAAUACCACAAUUGCUAUUCCUCAGUUUCAACACAAUACCCACCAUCAGACACAGCAAGCAACUCUGCAUGCUCACUUUGGUGCGAUUAAACCACCUGUAAUAUCUCAAUACCCACCAAAGCCAUUGCGGUAUUCCCCUGUAGACCCACCCAACGACGACCAUAGACCGAUUGUCCAUCGAAUUUCAUUGCCACUAUUACGUAGAAAUCAGCCUGACCCUAAUGAAGGCGGGACGACCCGUAGACGAUCAGAUACUGAGGCCACUCACCAGAAGAAAAAGGCAAUAAAUACUCGAAAGAGUAAAAAAGGCAAAGAAAGAGCUAAUCUUGCAGAAGGAUCAGCACUCUGA